UAGCUAAUAAUUUCAAACUAGUUUACUUUACAGACUAGCAUUCUAUAUUAUUAUUAUACAAUAAAUUAAACAAUUUAUUGUCAAUUUUCCAUCAGUGAACAAAUCUGAAAUUCUUUUAGUUGUAUUGUAUGCCCAAGAGGCAAUGAAGAAACCAAUUAAACAUGUACCGUUUCUUCUUCUCCUAUCAUUUUUACCAUCCAUCCUCAAGAUUUCGACAGCUAUAGAUAUCAUUAAUACAACUCAGAUUCUUAGAGAUGGCGACACCCUGGUUUCAUCAGGGGGAAGAUUUGAACUGGGAUUUUUCAGCCCUGGUAACUCCAAUAAUCGGUAUGUGGGAAUUUGGUACCAAAAGAUACCUAAUAGCACUGCAGUUUGGGUAGCCAACAGGGAAAUUCCAGUAAGAAGUUCAUCAGGCAUCUUGAAAGUAAUGGAGCCGGGUAUCUUGGUCGUUCUGAAUGACACUAAUAACAUCAUAUGGUCUUCCAAUACAUCAAGAGUUGCUCGGACACCGGUUUUACAAUUGUUGGACACUGGAAAUCUUGUCCUUAGAGAAGCAAAUGAUGAUCGUCCAGAUAAUUUUCUUUGGCAGAGUUUUGAUUAUCUAAGCGAUACGUCCCUACCAGGCGUGAAUAUUGGUUGGAACUUUGUAACAGGUGUAGAGAGCUACCUGUCAUCGUGGAAGACCAAUGACGAUCCAGCUAGAGGGGAUUUUACAUUUCAUUUGGAUCCAACUGGAUAUCCACAGCUAGUCAUAAAAAGAGGUCCAACUACUCUGUAUAGACUGGGACCAUGGAAUGGUCUUGCCUUUAGCGGGCAAACAAACUCAGUGCAGGAUACGAAUUUCAGAUUUGUAUUUAUCAUGAACAAGGACAAGGUAUACCAUAGGCUAGAGGCCACUGACAGUUCAGUUAUUUCAAGGAUUAUUUUGACUCAGUCUGGUACUAUGCAACGUUGGACAUGGGUCGAUCGGAUCCAUGACUGGAUCCCUUACGUCAAUUUUCCAGCAGAUAAUUGUGAUACUUACAAAUUGUGCGGUGCUUAUGGUAGUUGCAAUAUUGCAAAUACUCCUGCAUGUGUAUGUCUUGAUAAAUUUGAGCCAAAAGAUCCAGAAGGUUGGAGUAGGUCAGAUUGGACGAAUGGUUGCAACCGAAGGACACCCUUGAAUUGUUUAAAGGGUGACAUAUUUUUGAAGUAUUCAGGAAUUAAAUUACCAGAUUCCCGAAACUCCAAGUAUAACAAGAGUAUGACUCUUGAAGAAUGCAAAGUGGAGUGCUUAAAGGAUUGCUCUUGUAUGGCGUAUACGCAGUUAGAUAUCAGCGGAGAGGGAAGUGGAUGCUUGUUUUGGUAUGAAGACUUGAUUGACAUCAGAGAUCUAUCUUCACACGGACAAGAUAUUUACAUUAGAAUGGCUUCUUCUGAAUUGGAUUCUAAAGGAAAGGGAAGAAAAAUAUUGAUAUCGAGUUUGACAGCGAUGGGGGUGGUUCUGCUGGGCCUGAGCUUGACGCUAUAUUAUCGAAAAAGGAAGAAAAAUUGCACAAUAUGGAGAACAGAAGGAAGUAGAACUGAAAGCCAUAAGAAAGAUUAUGAGCUGCCAUUGUACCGCGCAUCUACAAUUUCAAAAGCCACCAAUAAUUUUUCAGAAAACAACAAGCUUGGACAAGGUGGAUAUGGGCCAGUUUACAAGGUUCAGUUCAACAAGAAUCAAGGCCUGGAAAAAGUGAUCUUCUUCAAAAUUUAGUAAGAAAUUUUUGAAAGGUGAUGGACACUUCUGCACACUGAGCAUCAUGACAUCAUCCAUGCAUAUAUCUGUAUCAAUGUUCAAAUAUCCCCGUCUAUAGUAUAUGGGACGAAGUCUUCAAAUUCAAUACACAUAACAUAAAGGUUAGCCUAUGAGACAUAUUAAAAUAUCAUAUUAAU